GAUCGACACCGUCACGGUCUCCAUGGCGAUUUAGAAACAAACCGGCGUUCCCCUAGCAACAGCAGCCCAGUACCCAGCAAGGACCGGUCGGCACCGAGCAAUCAGCAUGAGCGUCCGCACCUUCAACCCGUCAGUGCGAAUAGGGAACUGGAAUGAGGAUGUGGCCCUAGACGAGGAUCUUUUGAAAGACUUCUUAGAGAAGAGAGAGAAGGGUGAACUCUUAUUACAGAAAUCAAGGAAUCUCAAGAAAAAUAUUUUAAAAAAGGCUGAGCUUUCCAUAUCCAAGGACAGACUUCUCCAUUUUGGUGAUGUGGUCAUGCUGCUUAACCCUGAGAAUAGUGAGCAGUCAUUGAGUAACCCAUCCCCAUUAUUCGGCAACUUCACCCUGUCUGCAAACCCGGAUGAAAGCGCAAUCAAUUUCAGGAGCCACCUAACUGCGCCAUGUGGGGUCAGCGCCAGCAGCAAUGUGAAGACAUGUGCGAGAAAUGCUUUUGUGAUUACAAGUGUGGACGGCAGUGAGGAGGGGGAACCUCUGCAUUAUGGACAGAAUUUUGCCUUGAAGACAACAGAUGAAUUCAUGGGUCAUUUAUAUCUGACAAGUGACCAAAAAACAUUCCUAAAAUGCAGUAAGAAGUCUCACUUGCAAGAGGUUAGUCUAACAGAUCAAUCCUCAUAUCAGAGCUGCUGGCAUAUUGUUUACCUGGAUCCACAGUUUAGACUUGAAUAUGAAGGCUCACCUGUGCCGGCAAACACCAAACUGCUUAUUGUUCACAGCAAAACGCAUCGAUGUCUAGCUGUCCUCAGGAAGUAUGACCUGUGGACAUUGUUUGGCAAGGAAUGUGAAAUGACUGCACACACAUAUUUAAAUGGGCACAAAGUUGAAGAGAAUGAAAAUCAUUGGAUUAUUGUUACUGGAAACCCGAGUGAUGACAUAAACACUAUGUUUGACAGACCCAAACCACCCAGUGAAGACAUGACUGAAAGUAAAGCUCAUUAGGUUUAUGCAGAGGCACAACAUUCUACAUUGGCAAUACCUUUUGCUUCAUUGGAGGGUUUCUUACCUGAGUCUGUAGCCAUUCAAUAAAAGCCCAUAAUCCAAAA